CGCAGUUGCAGUAUACUGCUCGGAGGAAGUUCCGCUCUUUGGACUACGUUACAGUUGGUCAGUUGAGUAGGUGUUACAAUAGCGCUUGGGCCUUACAGAAACAUCUGGUGAACCAGUGGUCGUCAAGCUAGUGAUCAUCCCGGUGCCUCUGGCAGGCGAGGGAGUCCCUCCGUAUCGCUGUUGUUUGCAGCUCGUACAGCUUGUGCAAGAUUCUUCGAACGUUGACAGAUCACCGUAAGUAGGAAGGCCGUCCUGCAAGUGGAUGCUUGCCACUGAGCCAGACUUUAUAUUGCAUGAACGUUACAUCACUAGUCCAAGCAUGAAGCAACCACAUGGCUUGCAAUCAAGGGUAGCCCCCUACCGGUCCUGGGAACUAUCAAACCGAGUAACCUCCCUCCCCGCAGUUCGAACAUCCCGCCGCGCCGAACAAAACCACCGGUACUUCGACCUUGAACGCGUCUUGCUUCCACCACACUCCAAAAAUUACUGUCCACUGAACGUGAUAACUUGCUGUCAACAAUUCUUCACACGCGGACGUCUUUAUGGUUGGAAAAUGCAACCGCGUUGACAUUUUCCGCGCUUGUUCUGUACAGCGUCCUGUUUGGCGGCAAAACGCACUCCUUCCUCUACGGCAGCACCAAAGCAGUAUUGCUGCUCCCAAAACAUAUAAACAAGCUCUACUGAGACUUGCUAACAUCGUAACACCACGUAGAACCUGAUGCAAGUGUUGUGGCUGCUGUCGUGCAAGGUUUCACACGCCCUGCACGCGCGAGCAGGUACCUCCGAAUCAAGUGUGCUGCAACACUGGCUAGCGCAAGACAGCCUCACGCCACACAGGCGCCGCUUACAGCGUUAGAUAACCCAUCCAUUGUUAUGGCACUGCCGGGGUUGUGGCUGGGCAUGGUUCUUGCGUGCCGAUGCCGGCAUGGGAGCGUUCAGGAAGCGUAUGUGGCACACUUGCAGCAAGCUACA